GCGAGCGAGCGAGCGAGAGAGAGAGAGAGAGAGAGAGAGAGAGAGAGAGAGAGAGAGAGAGAGAGAGAGAGAGAGAGAGAGAGAGAGAGAGAGAGAGAGAGAGAGAGAGAGAGAGCAUAGCACGCUGAUCCUCAGCCUUGGAAGACACUGAGGCUGCCUUUGAGUCGUAGCUGACAUUGGGGGGGAGAAAGCGGAGGGACAGAGGUGAGAAGACUGCGACUGAGUCCGCUACUGCCACCCACCUAGCUCGCACACACACACACACACACAGACACACACAUACACACCCAGACACACAUACACACACACACACGUUGUGUGCACGCGCACAAAUUCACACAAGCAGCCACAGGCGCGUGCUCAAGAGGCAGAGGCAAGAUUCAGGACCAUGAAGACCCGACUGGGCUGCCUGUCGAACAAGUCUGACUCAUACAGCGACUUCUCCGAGUUCCUGCCGCCUGCCGAUGUAACAGCUGCCAGAAUUUCAACGGCUGAGGUGGUCCAGUGGUCAGAAUCAUUUGACCAACUUCUCUCUCACAAAUACGGCCUCUCUGCCUUCCGGGCCUUUCUGAAGACAGAGUUCAGCGAUGAGAACAUUGAAUUCUGGAUGGCGUGCGAGGACUACAAGAAAAACAAGAGUUCAACCAAGUUGGUGUCCAAAGCAAACAAGAUCUAUAUGGAAUUCAUUGAUGUCCAGGCCCCCAGAGAGGUGAACAUUGACUACGGCACCAGGGAGAGGACUAGACAGAGCCUAGAAGACCCGUCCCCCAGCAGUCUGAACGAGGUCCAGGCCAAGGUCUACGGCCUCAUGGAGAAAGACUCAUACCCACGCUUCCUCAGGUCUUCAAUGUACCAGGACAUUGUAAACAGGACUCACGCGCACAACCAACGGAGAUCGGUCUGACCAAGGCCUACACACACCAGCAUGGACAAACCAAAAGUAAUACCAGUGGACCAAGUACAGCACCUCUAAAUAUAUAUGUGUGUUUAUGUGUGUAUGUGUUUUUUUCACCUUAAAGACUUCAUCUUCAUUUUUCUGAACUUACUGUGAAUUUUGGAUAGAACGGGUUAAAGAGAGUGAGAGGAAAUUGAUGGAUUAAAAUGUGUUGGUUGGCUGCACUAAUAGGAACGUAACACUAGAGAUAUAGUAUUAUUAUUCACAUUCACACAAAAGAGAGUCAAAGGAUAAUAUCCACAUUCUUGAAAGAACAAUAGUAUUUGAGGUAACUGAGAUAAUAUAAUGGCUUAUUUUAUUUGUCUUAUGCUCAUAGAUAGUUAUGAUCAGUGUUGAACGUAAUGAACACGCUAAAAGAGCGGCGUUCAUUGAACACGCUUAUAUAUUUGGUGAACGGUGAACUGAGCGUACCCGUUUGUGGCUAGUGAGCGUCGUUCACCCUUACGAACGAUGCUUACUUGCCAUGAUUGGCCCUAUAUACAAGGCUUGAUAAAAAAAAUGCAUUGGAAGUUGCAAGUGAACUGAAUCAUGCGUCUAUGAUUUCACUUUAUAUUGGAAAGAAUGUGUCGAAAAAGUGGAUAUGACUUUUAGGUGUUUAUGACGUAGAAAGGAGGAAUCAAUCCUUCUCCAGGAAAACAGCAUGAGCCUCAGCAUGUCUUCCCGCUCCCAUUAUAUCUCAUCAUAUUAUUGCAUUUUUUGUGCUGUGUGAACUCCUACCAGCGUGAAACCUUCUCAGAACCGCAUUUAUCUCCUGCCGGCAGAUCUUACGGAUUUCUGAGAAUUAAAUUUAUGUGAAAUGUUUAUCGAGAGUGAAUCGUGAAAAGAUGUCACUGCCCCAAGAUGUUUAAUCAAUGUGUUAAUUGUGUAACAUGUCUCUCCUGUAUUUUUUUCCAACUUUUCAUAAAAAUGUGACUGAUAUUUUGUUAACUGCGUAUGGAUUUACAACACCUUUUGGGAGCCAGAAAAAAACAUCAGCUAGACAUAAUAUUUAUAAUUAUUACAUUUUCCCUAGAUUUUUGUGAUCAAGAAAUAUUUUACUUUUUUACUAUGUUUACUUUUACCUGUCAUAAUCAUGACAUGCAUAUUAUAACAUUUAUGGACAAACAGCCAGACGAGAAAGAGAGAUAGAGUUAAAACAGUUAAAUAACAAUAAAAAAGAUUGGCUUGUUUGUUAAGACCCCACAACGUGCUUUCCAACCACAACAACAGAAAAGGUUGUGGCACAGGCAUGGUGGCCUGUGUAACAAUUUCCAUAUUUUGACUGUUCGAAGAAACCGCAACAUGUCAUGCAUUGAUAUAACUUCUUAUGUGUAAACUAUGAUACAAUUAUUCACAUUUUGAGUGACCCAGGGAUGAAAUUUAUUCUUAUUCCUUGGGAUGGACUAAGCCGAUCUCUUUUUGUGGGGCAACCACAAAAUGUAUGUUAGAUUUGCUCUGCCCAAGAAAACACUACAUUUCGAAAGAGUACUAAAAUAGUCAACAUGGGGAUCAUAGACCAACCGAAAGUGAUGAAAAAAAUACAUUCAUGGGAGCACAGAAAGACUUCUUUUAUUUCUGGUCUCUUUGAUAUGAAUCAGUGCCUCAAGGACCUUGGAGAUGAUCCAUUCGGGGGCCCUUGCCCUACAGGAAGUGACUCACAACACAACAAAUGCCCCAUCUUGUGAUGUCUCAGAGCUAGAAUGUUUCCCAGACCUACACCCCCCGACCGAACCGACAUCUGAGAAUCGAAUCAGCCACUUAGGUUUAGGGCAAUGCCACUGAUGUGAAUUAAUUCAUUUGAUGAUGCUUUGUGAGUCACUUCCUGUAGGGCUAGAGCCCACUAAUUGAAAAUCCUAUGUGUCAUUUUUAAGAUAAAAGAGCCGCCAGAGCUCUUGCUCAAUCUCAAGUUUACAAGACCGCUAGGUCACCUUCUCAUUACAUCACUUCCUGGCUAGUAGUACCUACUAAUUACAUGACUGAUGCUUUAAGACUAGAGUCUCCAAAUUGCCCCAAGUCCUAUAAAAGAAGGACGAGAAGUCUCUAUCUCAAUCCAGAAACAUUCUUUGCCAAAAGAAUGGUGUACCCCUUCCUGUAGGUCUAUGUUUAUAAUUUCUGUCUUUGGAAAGUCUUUAAUCAGCAAUUUUACUUUAUUUAUUGCAUUCACGCUUCAAUUCUUUUUAGAUAAAGUAUAGAUAAAAUGAUUGGAUUUUUAAGUGGAAGCAAAACUAAAAUAAACUUCCUAAUUGCCCCACAAAAACAAAAAAACAUCUGUUGGUCACUUGAAAAUCUAUGUUUUUAUUGAAAGUACAUCAUCAAACAGCCAUAUUCAUUUGUCAUGAUUAUCUUGAUCAAAAUGUAUUCAUAAAAUGUAUGUUUGAAAUGGAUUUCUCGGUGGAAGAAAAGUGAACAUAACCUCCGGAUUCCCAAUAAAGCACGUUGCACUACUAGUCCAUCCAAAAGAAGAA